AUGGCGAUCCCAAAAGGCACCGUACAAACUGUACUCGGUGAGAAAAGUGCAGACGAGCUUGGCAAGGUCCUCACCCACGAGCACCUGGCUUUAUCUUUUAACACGUUUUAUGUUCCCCCGCCGGAUCACCUGGAUCGGUUCCUGUACGACAAGAUAGAGAUCCAGAAUCUCGGUGUUUUAAGACAAUACCCUUAUAGUAGCAAGUACAAUUUGAAAUUCAACGACAAUGACACGUUCAAUGCUGUGUUGGAGGAUGUGAAACUUUUCCGCGAGUUCGGUGGCGGCACCAUCGUGGAGAACAGUAACUACGGUCUGGAACGUGACAUUCCACUGAUGAGAAAGAUCAGCCGAGAGACCGGAGUGAAUAUUAUUGCCGGGACAGGCUACUACGUCGCCGCCACCCAAAGCACACACGCUCUGCUGAACUACAGUAUAGAAGACAUGUACUAUAUGAUGUGGGGUGAAAUGACGCAAGGAUGCAUCGUGGUUCCUGGCGUAAAAACAGGAUUCAUCGGGGAGGUUGGAAGUAACUGGCCAAUCGAAGAGUUCGAGAAACGGGCGAUUCAAGCGACCGGGAAACUUCAGUCGGAGUUGAAAUGCCCGGUCAGCUUUCAUCCUGGACGAGAUCCUGCGGCGCCCGCCGAAAUAAUGAGGAUCUAUCAAGAGGCCGGCGGUGAUAGCCGGAAAGCUAUCAUGUCUCACAUGGAUCGUACUAUUACGGACGAGCAGAAGCUUUUGGAGUUCGCCGACGAGACGAAGUGUUACUGCCAGUUCGAUCUGUUCGGAUUGGAGUGCUCGUUUUACCAACUGAGCCCGAAGAUCGACAUGCUGUCGGACGCUCAACGGAUCGAUCGGGUGAAGAUUUUACGGGACGAUGGAAAAUUAGAUCGUGUGCUCUUGAGUCACGACAUUCACACGAAACACAGACUAAUGAAGUUUGGUGGUCACGGAUACUCUCACAUUCUGAACAACGUUCUGCCACAUAUGAUGCUGAAGGGCUUCACUCAACAAGAAGUGGACACGCUGACUAUUCAGAAUCCAAAGAAUUGGUUGUGCUACUGAACAUUCUCUUCUGGAGUGAAUGUAUUUACAAGAAGUGAUAAAAAGAUUGUGGAUUUUGUUU